GCCCCUCCCCCCUUGGCGAUCGCGUGGCCGCCAUCUCGGCGCCGCCGCCGCGGGGUUUUAAUCUGCGCGGACGCUCCGGGACGUCAACAACAAACAACGCCGCCGCUCCCGUCCUCGCCACCCGCCACCCACCGCCGUUCCACUUCACAACUAAAAUCGUCGUCGAAGCCGAUGGCUGCUGCUGCCGCCGCUGUGGCGAGGAGGGUGCGAGGCCGCCGUUGCUAGGGGAGACGCGGCGCGGGGGGGGGGCCCCGCGGUGUCCGCACGGCGCCCUCGUUGGACCGCGGCGGCCGCCACGACGACGACGACGAAGAUCGACGCUCAUCCGUGGGGCCCCGCGCAGCCGUCUCCUCCUCCUCCUUCUUCUGCGUCGUCUCUCUUCUGCCUCGCGCCGCGGCUUCCGCCCGUUCCGCUGUUUAAACCCCGCCAGCCCGCGCGCUUCGACCUGACCGCUUCUCCAAGUGGCCGCGUUCAACGCCAACGCCGCAACGCCGCCGCCGUCCUGCGCCUUGGGCCACUUGUAAGAGCGGCCGCACCUAACGGGGGGGGGGGGGGGGCAGCAUUGUUUCCGAAUCGCCACCGCGUCAAACACCGCCUCGACCUCCCCUUCCCCGUCGCCUCGGUGGGAGUCCGAGAUCCCAGGAGGAGGAGGGAGUCGCGUCCCCGCGCCCCAUGGAGGACCCCGCGGUGCUCGAGCAGCUCCGGCGCGGGAGCGACUCGGAGCGAGCGGCCGCCCUGGGCCGACUCCGCCUCGGCCUGGCCCCCCCCGGCUCGAGUCGGGGCGGCGGCCGCGCUUCGCUUUACCCCCCCACGGCGGACGCGGGCGGCGGCCUCGCCUCCUCGUCGGCGCCGGCGUCGGCGGCGUUGUCGGAGCAACGCGCGGCGCUCUUCCAGGCCCUGGGCGCCCUCCUGAGCGGCGGCGAGGCGUGGCGACUGCGGAAGGAGUGCCUGGAGCUCAUCGGCGACGUGGUGCCCGAGCUGGGCCCGCAGCUCGAGCGCUGCAUGGCCGUCGUGACCCCGCGCCUCGUGGCGCAGCUGGGCGACCCGCAGGCGGCGGUGCGCAAGGCCGCGCUGCAGACCCUGCACGUGUACGGGCGCCACUCGCGCCGGCGCGGACACGUGGUGGGCGCGCUGCUCGAGCACGGGGUGCGCAGCCGGGACGGCGACGUGAGCGCGCAGGCGCUGCUCCUGUUGCCCGUGCUGCUCACGCGGGAAGACUUCGCACGCGAGGACCUCGGCGAGGUGGUGCGCGCCGCCGCUGAGAAGCUCACGCCGCCGGGUGGCGGCCUGGAGACGGGGCCCACCCAGCACGACCCCGCGGCGCUCAAGUGCCUGGAGCACGUGUGGUCGCUGGUGGGGGACGCGGUCUUCGACGGCUGUCUGCGCAGACUGCCCGCCUCGCUCAGGGCCGAGGUGGAGAAGCUGCUCAAGAGGUCGCGAGCGGCGAGCGGUGGGGCCCACAGCGUCGUGGUGGCGACGACGGCGGCGGUGGCCUCCGGUGCGGCCUCUCCCAGGGAGCCCGGAGACGGCAGCAGCGGCGGCGGCAGCGUCGUGGCCGCGUCGGGCCUCGAGGACUGCGAGUUCGGCAUCGUGCCGCGCCACGUGAUGCACGAGCUGGUGGACGAGACGGACUACAAGCGGCGAGUGGGCGCCGUGGACAAACUCAAGGAGGCGAUCGUCCGCGCCGACGGCAGGACGCUGGCCGCGUGCAACGUCCUGGGACUCGUCGGCUUCCUGAGCAACGUGCUCGACGACGUGCACUUCAAGGUGUCGCACGGCGCCCUGGAGCUCAUCGGCAUGCUGGUGGGCAAGCUGCGCAGCGAGCUGGGCCGCUACGCUCAGCCCCUGGUGGCGGCUCUCGUGAAGGUGCUGGGCGACGGCAAGGAGGUGACCAAGCAGGAGUGCCUGAGGAUCUUCCUGAGCCUCAUGGAGGCCGUGCCGCCGCAGCGAGUGCUCGACAUCCUCCUGGGCGCGCUCGGCAGCAGCCGCAGCAACGCGCGCGUGCGGGAGGACAUCCUGAGCACGGUGAUCGCGGCCGUGCUCUCCUUCCCGCGGAGCCGCUUCAACCUGCCCGAGUUGUGCCGGGUGCUGGCGCCCAGCCUGGCAGACCCCAAGCGGAAGGUGCGGCACGCCGCCCUCGAGACGUUCGCGGUGCUCGCGGCGCUCAUGGGCCCCGGCAAGCUGCCGCCGCUGGUGGACGCGGUCGACGCCGUGGAGCUGAGCGCCGACGUGGACGGCCUCAUGGCCGCGGUGCAGGCGCGGCUGGCCAGGCGGCAGCUGCCCAAGCUGGGCGCUUCGGGCCUCGUGGAGUACGCCACGCACUUCCCGUCAUCGGCUGGCGCGCGGGGUGCGCGGGAGGCGGCCACGCACGACGCCGACAUGGAGUGGAUCCUGGCCGGGGGAUCGUCCAGCGCUCGCAGCUCCCGCGCCGACGGCGCCGAGGCGGAGCUGUCGGCUCGGCACCAGCCACCGCAGCACCAGCAGCAGCAGCAGCAGCACCCAGAGGGCACGGCCCCCGUCGGCUCUCGGCGGGUGCUGAGCGCGGGACGUCCCAAGAGCCGCCUGCCGUGGGAGGAAGAGCUCCUCAUUCGGUCGGCGUCAGUUGAGUCCAUCCCACAGAGCAACAGGCUGCCGGGUGGCAGCAUGUCCAUCAUGCGACAGGAUUCACGGUUCGCUCCCGAGUGCUGGUCUCAAGGACCCAUGGCGAAUCCAGGUGAAGAAUUGCCAUUACCAGCAUCCGUCCAUGGCAGACAGGAUUUCAAUUCAUUUACUGGCCUCGCCACACACAGACCGCUUGCUGCAAUCCACAAGGCUGGGAAGUUUUUUAACGAGGAGUUGGACUCAGAGCGGGGAAGGGGUGUUGAAACUGAACGCCCGUUCUUCGGAAAAGCCACUAACCAGUGGUUUACACAUCAAGAGCCAUUUGCGAGUAACCUCAACAAAAAUUCAAUGCUCCCGAAACGAGCGACAAGAGCGGAGCACACCGCCGCGGUGCACAGUUGGGCAGAGGGCUCGAGUGUGGUGUGCCACUCGGCCACGCGUGACAGCGUGUUUGUGGACGUGAGCCACCUUCUCCCCACCGCUAGCGCUGAGCAGACACACAAGGGCCGCUCCGCAUACUCUUGGCCUUCCGAACAUGUUGAGGACUUUCCCCGUCCUCGCACAAAACUGCCGCAGCGUUUUACAGAAGAGCUUCAAAUGGAGGAGGGCAUCGAGUCGCCGGUGCCGACAAAGGCCACGCUCGCGCGCUCGGCGUCGCGCCGCCUGCCGGGCCACGGCAGGCCUAUGCCGCCGAUGGAGGCGACCAUGAGCCCGCGCGUCCCUUUCAACGACAGGGAGCAGCACCACGGCGACGUUCUCGCCGGCGGCGGCAGCGGCGCCAGGGAUCCGUUUGACCGUGUCGUUAAGCGCACACAGGACCACGAGAAGGCGAACAAGAGCCACGAGCGCAAGACCAGUGGUAUUCUACCGUACAGCGAGACGGAAGAGGUGCAGUUGGAAGAGAUACAGAACUCAUUGCGGAGCCUCCGAUCGAGCGCUGCAAAGAAGCAUGCACAGUGGCUGAAAGACAGCAACCCACCGGACGGGGACGCAAGUUGCGGGGGGGCGUCCCCGCGUACCGUGACCCCGCGUACCGUGACCCCGACCAACGUCUCCCCCAUUUCCGAGUUUGGCCAGGAGAGGAGGGUCAAGGCCAGUAUUGGUGGAAAUGCACCCUCACCGUCCGCACAGCAAGCGUUUGUAACAAAGUCUGCAUCAAAAAGCACUGAAGAGGUAUCUUUCAUCACCAAACCUGACCCUAUAUUGGAAGCUAUUCCUAAAGGCCUCCCGCAGACUGACAGGGGCAUGAAUGCGACUGGGCAGCAGAUUAACUCAGGCGGCGCUUACACCGAGAAAGGAGUCAAGCGUGUGGAGAAUAUCUUUGCAGGCAGUUCUCAGAGCAAGGAUACGCUGCCCAAAACCAGCAGGCAUAAAAAUCAACUGCAAAAAGCCUCUAUGGAUGGUGCAACAGCUUCUGAGCAGCAGCACUCUACCAAAGACGUGGCCGUUGUUGGAAAAGGAAUGUUGUUUGGGUUGGUCAAUGACAACACAGAGUUUGGAAAUACCUCUGCAGAGGAAGAAGCGAAAAGUUCCGAAGCAUAUAUCAGGAACGAUCACAGGAAAUCGAUGAAUGGGGUAAAUGGUAAAAGCAUUCCUCACAUCAGCCAUGGUGCCAGCGAAAGUGGGAAUACUUUGAGCAUUUCAUUACGGUCUCCGAUGUUGGACAAGAUCCAUCUGAAGCAUCCCGAGAAGGAUGAGAGCAGUAAAGCAAUACUCCCACAGCUGGUCGUGAGGGACCCUCCCAGCCGGGAGAACGUGAAUCCGCACGCUCAUGACAACUUCAAGAAUUUGUGGCAGCAGCUCAAGUCUAUCGACCCCGGGAGAGUCGGCAUAGACGACAGCUCAGUCUCUGGUUUGACUGUCUACGGAGGCGUUGUGUCUGAACGUCUGAUAAACCCCACUAAUAUCGUCCAGACCAGACACUCCCCAGUUCCAGAAAUAAAGAAGAGACCCAGUGCUGCGAAGACCAAUCUCAUUACACCCAAUCUGCCUGCCGUGCACACAAGUGGCCAGCACAAACCUGUUGAGAAAAUCAAACCUCAUAUUGAGACUUCCAGAGGCCAGGAUUCCUUGCAUGUGUCAGCAGAGGAGCUGGCAUCGGCACAGCUGAAGCCAUCCUCAACCCCCGAGGCAGACAUCGAUCAGCUGCUCAUGCUUUUGUCAAAAGAUGAUUGGGAGAAAAAGAUGCUGGGCAUCUCGUACGCACAGCGGCUCGCCACCUUCCACCCCGAGCUGCUAGCGACGCGUCUGCACGAGGUUUCCUUUGCUGUCACCAAGGAGGCAAAGAACCUUCGCUCAACGGUUGCCCGCGCUGCGGUGAGCUGCAUCAGUGAUAUGUUCGUUCACCUCAAGAAGGGCAUGGACCAGGAGCUGGACACAGUGACCCAGGUGCUGCUGCACAAGUCCGGAGAAACCAACAACUUCAUGCGAGAAGAUAUCGUCAAGGCACUGGAAACCAUGGUUGCAAAUGUGACAGCGACACGGGCACUGACUGCGCUCAUCAACGGGGGAUUUGCGCACCGCAACAUAUACGUGCGCAAGUGCACAGCGCAGCACCUCAUCCCUGUGGUGGAACGGCUGGGAGCCGCACGGCUGUUGGCGGGCAUCAAGGACGUGACGGACCGCGUGCUGCUCGCAGCCACCGCCUUCGCACAGGACGCCUCCCCCGAGACCAGGUACUACGGCAAGAAGAUGCUGUUCAUCAUGAUGGGCCACCCGGAUUUUGACAAAAUGAUUGAUAAGUAUGUUCUGCCCAAGGAUCUGCACUACGUGCGUGACACCGUGACCACGCUCAGGAAUAAAGGCCUUGGAGAAUCCCCUCCCGAGAUAUCGUCAGCACACGGGCGUCGGUCUCUGCCUGGCAGCGGCCUGGGAACGCGGCCCGCUCAGGACGUGAGGGACGGCACCAACACCAGGGCCAGGGAGGAGGCGAUGCCUCCUCGCGAAGCCCCCUAUCGGCCCCUGGCACGCAGCCAAAGCGACUACUCGGAGCGCCUCAAGGCCGUGACGGGACUGCUCGCAUCCAAAGACUUCCGCGAGCGCAUCAAGGGCAUCGAAAUGCUCGUGGAAACUUGCCAUGCCAACCCCGACUGUGUGGCCUCUAACGUGGUCAAGUUCUUUGACGUGUUCACGCCACGACUCCAAGAGUCAAACAGCAAAGUGAACCAGGCAGCACUGGAGUCACUGCUGCUCAUUAUCCCAGCGCUCAAGGACAACUUGGUGCAAGUGGUGCAGUCGGUGGUGCCAGCCGUGGUGGACAACAACCUCAACUCCAAGCUAAGCGGCAUCUACACCGCUGCCACCAGCGUCAUCGACACACUCAUGCAACAUAUCGACAAUAUCCAUCUGCUGCAGUUGUUCUCCAAUAAAGCCCAUUUUGGAAGUGGAAGAGUCAAACUGGAUAUGACGGAACGUCUCGCAGAUUUAGUGGAGAACCUGUACACGAAGAAGCCACAGGCCGUCGAGCGGAACGUGCUGCCGGUUUUUUGGCACCUGCUCGGUAACAUGACGGGCACGGGUAUGAUGUCCGGCGGGACCGGUAACAUCCGUGCCUCCACGGUGAGGUUGGCACGGAGCCUGCACACCGCCAUGGGACCCGGCCUUAUCACGCUCGCGUCCAUGCAGCCUGGAGCCAUCGCUAAAACCCUGAAGGAGCUCCUGGGCUCGCCCUGAUGCCCACCUGCCUUCCAGCGAUAACACUCCGCGUGGGCGGUAUGAAGUUUUAAGAUGAAGAGGCACUACCUGAUUAUUCAACGAGAAACAUUUUAAGUGUGGCGAUGCUUCUCUUACGGCGACGUAAAUAAAGCACUUGGUAGCUUUGGCGCAUUGUUGGUGCGUGCAGCGCUGUACCUAACAUUCCAGAGAUGAGCCGAAUGUGAAUUGUUUCCAUGGCGGAAAGAGUGAGGAGAGAGGCCCAAGUGGCCGUGUCAUGAGAGAGGUGUUUUUAAAAAAAUGCUAAUCCAGAGCUAGCGAGAUCAUGGUUCACAAAGUUUUGAGUGGUGCCUGGCAAGUGUACCCCAUGCCCUCUGAACAAAAGGUUGUGGUUGAGAACCCUGUAGGGUUAUUGUAAGAAGAAAACUUGUUUUUCGAUGUUUGCAUUCAGUUUCAUAGUUGUUACCUCUGGGUAGGGCUACUUCUCCUGAAGCAAAAGUAAAUAGCAUAAAAAAGCAUAAAAACACUAAAUUAUCUAACAUGUGCAAUGACCAUUUGUCUUCUGAUUGUAAUUCUGGCAAGGUAUCCAUGCGUAUUCACAUGUAAAUAUUUCUAAAAGGAAAAUGCGCCAAUAAAUAAAAAGAACAGUUGUAGUGCAGGUGGUGAGGAUAUUUUUGUACUCAUUCUCGCGUCCUCAGAAGGGUGUGCGCCUGCAUUGUGUGAUGGGUUCCAAGACAAUCAUUAAAAAAUUGUCUUCCUUUCGAUUGCUGUAUAACCAUUUACUUGUGUAACGUUUCCAUAAACAGAUGAAGUCUUACAUAGUUUAAAGUUUACGACCGUUUUGCAAUGUAACAUUUUUGUGUUUUGAACCUCCUUGUGAUGUAAAGGUGUACGUGUGAUGUUUAUUUUUUCAAUCGGUCAUUUCAGAGUUGGAUACCAAUUGUUCAUUAGUGCAACUGCUUUGGCAGUGAAUUGGUACGAAAACUUGAUUUUCCUACAACACCACAGUAUUUAAAAAAAAAUAAGAUUUUUUUCCUUGUAAUGAUUUUAAUUGCAGUGCUAUAAAUUUCAUCAGAUUUCAGUAGAAUGUUUUUCCCAAUGAAAGAGAAUGGGUAGUUUAUGGUCUAAUAUAUAUUUUACAUUAAAAUAUGCAAAUUUGCACAUUUUGCUUAAUAACAUAGCUAAUGUAUUAUAUUAAAAUAAACUAUUUUA